UCGAAAAGGUUGGAGAUGAAAAGUUGUGACAAAUUUAAGAUAUUCAAUUCAGAGCCAAAUUCUUUGUGUUUGGACCAUAAGGUUCACUUUCGUGAUUUAGAGGUCUUAGAAUUGAAGAAUAUUAGUUUUGGAAAGAUUUGGGAUAGCCAACUUUCAACUUCUUCUUAUCAAAAUUUGACACACUUGACCUUAUUUGAAUGUGACAAAAUAAAAUAUGUGUUCCCUUUGUCAAUAGCCAAAAGCCUCCAACAACUCCAAUACCUUGAGUUAACAAGUUGUAAGGUUUUAGAGAUAAUUGUUACUCCAGAAGAAGGAACAGAAGCAGCUAUCAAUUUUUUCUUUCCACAGGUAAGCACAGUAAAGCUUCAAUAUCUACCAAGGUUUACAGAUUUCUAUCCUAGAAUACAUACUUCAGAAUGGCCAAAAUUGAGAGAGUUGGUGGUCGAAGAUUGUCCUAAAUUUAACAUGUUCACUUCAGAGCCAAAUUCCCUAUGCUUGGACCAAAAGAUCAACCAUGAUUUGGAGAUAUUUCAAGUAAAGAAUGGUUGGAAAGAGAUUAGUUGGCGGAGUCAAUUUAAAAAACUUGAAAUCUCCUAUUAUAAGUCAGUGCUUAUUCCACUUUGGCUCCUUCAAAGAUUUGAAAAUCUUACAUGUCUUUUUGUUGAUGGUUGCCAUGAGUUGGUUAACUUAACAACACCUUCAAUAGCUAGAAGUUUGGUGCAGUUGAGAGGAUUGAAGAUAUCAUGUUGUGAAAUGUUGAUGGAAAUAUUAGAAAUUGAGGAGGAUGCAACAACUGAAAUCGUUUUUGAGAAUUUGAACAAGUUGUCAUUUGAAUGUUUGGAAAAUCUUGCAUGCUUCUGCUCAGGGAAUUACACUUUCAAUUUCCAUUCAUUGGAAGAAUUAAAUAUAGCAAAUUGUCCUAAUAUAAAGACCUUCUGUAGAGGAAUCUUGAGCACUCCAAAGUUACAGGAAAUUAGUUAUGAGGGAAUGAAAGUAAAGAAUAAGGGGAAUGAUCUUAAUAAAACCAUACAAAAAUUAUAUAAAAAGAAAAACCAGGAUAUCUCUCUUGAUUUGAAUUUCAAGUUCAAGACAUUCCACCAUGAUAAUUCUACGGAGAUUGCCUACAACCAACAUCCGACUUCCUUCUAUCAAAAUUUGACACACUUGUUCUUGUUGAAAUGUGGAAAUAUAAAAUAUGUGUUUCCAUCUUCUAUUGCCAAAAUCCUCCACCAACUCCAACAGCUAAGGAUUCAAAAUUGCAAGGCUUUAGAGGAGAUUGUUGCAAAAGAAGAAGGAGCAAAUGCAGUUGUCCAUUUUGUCUUCCCAAAUAUAACCUUAUUGAAAUUUGAAGAUCUACCAGAACUUAUAGCCUUCUACCCUGGAAUAUAUGCUUUAGAAAUGCCAAAGUUGAAAGAGUUGGUAAUCAAAGAUUGUACCAAAUAUGCAAGCUUAAAAGAAAACAAUGUGAAGACUGAGCUUAAUAUUUUAGCUCCAAAAUCUAUCUUCCUGGACAAUAAGGUUCACUUUCGUGAUUUAGAGGUCUUAGAAUUGAAGAAUAUUAGUUUUGGAAAGAUUUGGGAUAGCCAACUUUCAACUUCUUCUUAUCAAAAUUUGACACACUUGACCUUAUUUGAAUGUGACAAAAUAAAAUAUGUGUUCCCUUUGUCAAUAGCCAAAAGCCUCCAACAACUCCAAUACCUUGAGUUAACAAGUUGUAAGGUUUUAGAGAUAAUUGUUACUCCAGAAGAAGGAACAGAAGCAGCUAUCAAUUUUUUCUUUCCACAGGUAAGCACAGUAAAGCUUCAAUAUCUACCAAGGUUUACAGAUUUCUAUCCUAGAAUACAUACUUCAGAAUGGCCAAAAUUGAGAGAGUUGGUGGUCGAAGAUUGUCCUAAAUUUAACAUGUUCACUUCAGAGCCAAAUUCCCUAUGCUUGGACCAAAAGAUCAACCAUGAUUUGGAGAUAUUUCAAGUAAAGAAUGGUUGGAAAGAGAUUAGUUGGCGGAGUCAAUUUAAAAAACUUGAAAUCUCCUAUUAUAAGUCAGUGCUUAUUCCACUUUGGCUCCUUCAAAGAUUUGAAAAUCUUACAUGUCUUUUUGUUGAUGGUUGCCAUGAGUUGGUUAACUUAACAACACCUUCAAUAGCUAGAAGUUUGGUGCAGUUGAGAGGAUUGAAGAUAUCAUGUUGUGAAAUGUUGAUGGAAAUAUUAGAAAUUGAGGAGGAUGCAACAACUGAAAUCGUUUUUGAGAAUUUGAACAAGUUGUCAUUUGAAUGUUUGGAAAAUCUUGCAUGCUUCUGCUCAGGGAAUUACACUUUCAAUUUCCAUUCAUUGGAAGAAUUAAAUAUAGCAAAUUGUCCUAAUAUAAAGACCUUCUGUAGAGGAAUCUUGAGCACUCCAAAGUUACAGGAAAUUAGUUAUGAGGGAAUGAAAGUAAAGAAUAAGGGGAAUGAUCUUAAUAAAACCAUACAAAAAUUAUAUAAAAAGAAAAACCAGGAUAUCUCUCUUGAUUUGAAUUUCAAGUUCAAGACAUUCCACCAUGAUAAUUCUACGGAGAUUGCCUACAACCAACAUCCGACUUCCUUCUAUCAAAAUUUGACACACUUGUUCUUGUUGAAAUGUGGAAAUAUAAAAUAUGUGUUUCCAUCUUCUAUUGCCAAAAUCCUCCACCAACUCCAACAGCUAAGGAUUCAAAAUUGCAAGGCUUUAGAGGAGAUUGUUGCAAAAGAAGAAGGAGCAAAUGCAGUUGUCCAUUUUGUCUUCCCAAAUAUAACCUUAUUGAAAUUUGAAGAUCUACCAGAACUUAUAGCCUUCUACCCUGGAAUAUAUGCUUUAGAAAUGCCAAAGUUGAAAGAGUUGGUAAUCAAAGAUUGUACCAAAUAUGCAAGCUUAAAAGAAAACAAUGUGAAGACUGAGCUUAAUAUUUUAGCUCCAAAAUCUAUCUUCCUGGACAAUAAGAUUAAUUUCAAUUUGGAGGUAUUUGAAUUAGAUGAUGGUGAGACAAAUAUUUGUUGGCAAAGUCAAUCUAGAACUCUUACAAUCAAUAAGGAUAUCUCCGCACUACUUCGACUCCUUCAAAGAUUUGAAAAUGUGAGAGAGCUUCGACUAUAUUGCAGUCUAUAUAGUGACAUUAAGAGCCUAUGUGAUCUUCCAAAUCUUGAAAUUCUAGAAGUAGAUUAUUGUUACAAAUUGAUGAGUCUAGUGCCAUUCUCAGGUUCUUUCCAGAAUCUUAAAGUUUUGAAGGUAAGUUCAUGUGAUGGAUUAAUGAAGUUAAUUACACCUUCAGUGGCUACAAGUUUGGUGCAAUUGAGAGAACUGCGCAUAUUAAAUUGUGAAAUGUUGACUGAAAUAGUAGAAAAUGAGGGAGAUGCAGCAACCUGCACAAAAAUUGUUUUUAACAAUUUGAACAAGUUGUCACUUAUAUUUUUAGAAAGUCUCACAUACUUUUGUUCUGGGAAUUACUCUUUUAGUUUUUCAUCUUUGGAAGAGUUAAUUAUAGAAUAUUGCCCCAAUUUGGAGAUUUUUUGUCAAGGAAGCAUAUGCACACCAAAGUUAGACAGAGUCAUUUACAAGUUUGAAGACAGAGUCAUUAAGUUUGAUGAAGCUAAGAUUGUGACAGUGGUAGAGAUUGGGGAUAAUGACUUGAAUACAACUAUACAACAAGAAUACAAAAACAGAAGGAAUUGACAGGAUCGUCAGAAGGAGAAGAAGAGGACUAGAACCUGAUGACAAGCAUGGAAGAUGAAGAAGAAAGCAGCAAUGGAUGUCCUCCGAGGAAGAAGCUUCGUCUCUCCAAAGA